AUAUAUAUAGCACCGAAGGAAAAGAGCACAGUAAGAAACGCGUGUGAUAAACACUGAGGGAUAAAGAAUUUCAGCAACGAUGGGUUCUCUUAUGGCAGGAUGGGACUCUCCCACCUUAGAUCCUAAAUCAGCAAAACUUGAGAGGAACAGGUCUCUCACUAAAGAAGAAAUCGAUGCUUUCUGGAAGUCACGGAAGCAGAUAGAGGAGGAACACCUCAAAGCUAUCGCCAGUAUAUCGGAAAAUAAUAAGACCAGCAAAUACAAGGAGUCUGAGAAGUUAAGCAGCGUGGAGUUGGCUCGCAUGAAAGAGUUCAUGGGUGGGGAUGCUGGCAACAGCUUGGAGCGGCUGAUCAAGAAAAAUGGCUGGUGGACUAAGAGUAACUGGGCAUUUCUGAAUGAACCUCCGGUGAUGGAAACUUCUUCUAACAAGUACGCAUCGCAGUUUCACGUGGCCACUUCGGCAUCUUCGAACAAAAUGAACCCUGGGGACGGAAUUAGUGCUGCUUAAUACGACUUCAGUUUUCUCUUGCACUGUAAAUAGCUAAAUAUUGUUUAUGCUGUGUGCGCGCGUGUUUUUCAGCCUACGGAAUAUAUACAUGAAACUAGAUCUUCUCCGGUUCUGGAGAGGUCUUGGGACACAGGGAGCGUGUGAGGAUCAUCUGAUGUUUAUUGAAGAGAUCCAUAUUACCUACUUCCUCUGCCUAUGUUCACAUCGUCUUUCUCGGUGACAGAUUAAUAUCCGUCCUGAUUGGGACUUGAUUUUCCGUUUUUGCCAUUCAAUGACAUUACUCCAAUAUUAUUAGGUGGCAUGCUCGAAAAUAUCUUCGGGAUAAUGCUGAGCAAUAAUAGUAUGAUAUUAUUAACUAACAGGCCUUUAACUUCUUAAUGAAAAAAAUAUCAAAGUGUGCGUGUCAAUGGAGGGUUGCAUUUAGCAGGCUUAGGCUUUGGAUCUAUAAAAGGGCUUCUUAUCACCAGCCCACCUAUUUAUCUGG